AAGUUGGUGGGCUUUUGGAAUCGCGGCGGAAAAGCGUAGUCAUGGCUUGUCUGUAAGGCGUCGAUCUCGAUCGCCCAGAUUGGAGAGGGAAGAUAAUGGCUGCUCCGGUGCGAUGCUUCCCCCACCCGCUGACAAGUUCGAGCCACAGGGAAACUUCCUGGCGCUCUUCUUUGUCGCCUGCCGAGUUUUCCGGCUGGCGUUGCCUAAAAACUUCAGCUUCAGCUUCAGCUUCAUCUUAUUCCUUGGAAAAGGAAAUCUUCAAUUUUAAAUUGAAUGUUCGUGUAUCUAACCAAGCAUGGCAAACAUUAUCAAGCUUUCAUUCCACAUAUUCAAAUGGAUAUAUUGCCCAUAAAGAAAAGUCAGAAAGAAUUGAUGUGAAGCUCUCAAAAUUGCACUUUAUCUUCAAGAAAGUCUUAUGCUGCGAUCAGGUGGGCAUAAUGUUGAGAUUACCAAAAACAUUGAUCCUCACAAACAUAUGGAUGUUCACUCUGCCUCUUGAGGUUUUGGCUGAAACAUGUGAGCCUGAUAAAACUUAUAUGAAGAUGCCACUGUUAUUUGCAAUUGCAGUAAUUGGAGCUACCGUUAGCGGUUUGCUUGCACGAACCAGGAAAGAUGAGCUGAAGCGAUUGAACAGCCAGUUGCGUCAGAUAAAUGAGGCAUUGAGACGGCAGGCAAAGAUAGAGGCUUAUGCCCCUGGCUUGAGCUAUGCACCAGUUGGAAGGAUUAAGGAAACAGAAAUCAUUGUGGACCCUGAGAAGCAACAACUUCUUACAAUUUUGAGGACUGGAAAAAACUUUCUGAGGAAUCAAGACCCAAAAAAGGCAUUUAUACUGUUCAAGGAAGCUUUUGAUCUUGCUCAGAGCUUGGAAGAUCAUGCUGAGGAAAAAAAGGCUGCACGGGGACUAGGUGCAUCUCUUCAGCGGCAGGGAAAGUAUAUGGAAGCCAUUAAGUAUUACUCCAAGGUUAUUGAGAUAUCCAAACUAACAGGAGAGAAUUCAGACAUCACCGAGGCUUAUGGAGCAAUAGCUGACUGCUAUACCGAGCUAGGCGACCUCGAGCGGGCAGCCAAGUUCUAUGACAAGUACAUAGCAAGGUUAGAAACCAACUGACACCUUCUUUUAUGUUCUUUCUUUGAAUGAGAAAUCAAUGGAGUUGAUGGGAUUGAGAAUUUGAACCAUAAAGGUACCCGCUUCUUUCUGCUUAACUUUUUAUGUCAAACUUUGGUGCCAGUUUAUCAACAGAUCUUUGGUGUCA